AGCUCUUGUCAUUGGCCAAACGGAAACGCAGUGACUCUGAAGAAAAGGAGCCACCUGUGAGCAAACCUACAGCAUCUUCAGACUCUGAGACAUCAGACAGUGACGAUGAGUGGACUGUUGGAGGUUCUAAAAACAAAAAAAAGGGAAAAGCGGGUAAGGCAGAGAAGAAAGGAGCCAUGAAGAAACAGAUGAACAAAGCUGCCUCUUCAGGCAGCUCAGAUAAAGACAGCUCAGCUGAGAGCUCAGCACCUGAAGAGGGAGAAGUCUCUGACUCAGAAAGCAACAGCUCCUCGUCUAGCUCAGAUUCAGAUUCUUCGUCUGAAGAUGAGGAAUUUCAUGACGGCUAUGGAGAAGAUCUGAUGGGAGAUGAAGAAGACCGAGCUCGACUGGAACAAAUGACAGAAAAGGAGAGAGAGCAGGAGCUGUUUAACCGGAUAGAGAAGAGAGAAGUGCUGAAGAGAAGAUUUGAAAUCAAGAAGAAACUAAAAACGGCAAAAAAGAAAGAAAAGAAAGAGAAAAAGAAAAAGCAAGAGGAAGAGCAGGAGAAGAAAAAACUCACACAGAUCCAGGAAUCCCAGGUCAUGUCACAUAACAAAGAGCGGCGAUCAAAGCGGGAUGAGAAGCUAGACAAAAAAUCUCAGGCAAUGGAGGAGCUAAAAGCAGAAAGAGAGAAAAGGAAGAACAGAACAGCUGAAUUGCUUGCAAAAAAACAACCAUUAAAAACUAGUGAAGUAUACUCUGAUGAUGAAGAGGAGGAGGAAGAUGAUAAGUCUAGUGAGAAAAGUGAUCGCUCAUCCAGAUCCUCAUCCUCUGAUGAAGAGGAAGAGAAAGAAGAAAUUCCUCCUAAGUCCCAACCAGUGUCCUUGCCUGAAGAACUGAACCGAGUAAGGUUAUCACGACACAAGCUGGAACGCUGGUGUCAUAUGCCCUUCUUUGCCAAGACAGUCACUGGCUGCUUUGUCCGUAUUGGCAUUGGAAAUCACAACAGCAAACCUGUUUAUCGGGUUGCUGAAAUAACUGGUGUGGUAGAGACUGCAAAGGUUUACCAGCUUGGUGGUACCCGGACAAACAAAGGGCUACAGUUGCGGCAUGGCAGUGAUUCGCGUGUGUUUCGUUUGGAGUUUGUCUCAAAUCAGGAAUUUACUGAAAGUGAGUUUAUGAAGUGGAAGGAAGCGAUGUUCUCUGCUGGGAUGCAGCUACCCACGCUAGAUGAGAUAAACAAGAAAGAAGUGUCCAUCAAAGAAGCCCUCAACUACAAGUUUAAUGACCAGGACAUUGAGGAGAUUGUGAAAGAGAAGGAAAGGUUCAGAAAAGCACCUCCAAAUUAUGCUAUGAAGAAAACUCAGCUGUUAAAGGAGAAGGUGAGAGAUGAGAUGAUGCCUGCAAGCUUAAUGCAGUCUUUGAUUUUGAAGAACUGGAGCUCAUCUGGAUUUUGGCAGUAG